UACAGCAGCAUAGUUCUGCAUAUAAUAUCCUGAUGCAGUGAGUGCACUGCUCAGGAAACCCUCAAGGAAGUGGGUAUGGCUAGUCAGUCACCUGAGAAGUCUAGAAAAUGCCAGUGUGAGACAAGUCAUCCCCAGAGCAUCCUUUACCAGAUCCUUAACAAGGAAGAGCAGGAUGAGACCAGAUGGCAUGCCCAGUACUACCAUCCUUGCUACUCGAUAUCAAGUGCUGGCUGUCCCUGUGAGGGGAACAGGAAAGUUGCCCUCAGAACUCCAGAAGUCACCUGCAUGAGAGCUUCUGAAGUGCUCUUAAAAACUAUAACUUUUAUAAGAAACUUGCCUUCUUUUUAUCAUUUGCCCCAGGAGGAUCAGGCACUUCUAGUACAACAAUGCUGGGCCCCUCUCUUUGUCUUGGGCCUGGCACAGGAGUGGGUGAAUUUUGAACUGAAAGAGAUUUCAGUCCCUAGUUUGUUGAAAAAAAUCCUUCUCAAUCAGUCUCUGACAGAUAGUGACAAAGUGGAGAACUCCUCCCUGGGAGCAUCAUUAGCAGACGUUCAGAAGAUGAAGAAUUUCCUGGAGAAGGUCUGGAAGUCGGACAUAUGUGCAAAAGAAUAUGCCUAUUUGAAAGGAAUUAUUCUCUUUAACCCUGAACUGCCUGGCCUAAGAUUUCGUCACUAUGUGCAAACCCUGCAGCAGGAAGCCCAGCGCACUCUGAUGGAAUUUAGCUCAAUGAUGUACAACAGAAACCUUGGCAGAUUUGCUUGGAUUCUUGGGCUGCUCACCAGCCUCAAAGCCGUUAAUGCCGAGACUAUUGCAGAACUCUUUUUCAGACCUAUUUUAGGAGAGGUCAACCUAAACGAAUUACUUCUAGAAACCCUGUAUUUCAAGCAAGACUUACUUUAAAAACAAAAAUACCUUUUUGUGUUCCUAAAUAACAAAAAAUAUGUAAGAGGGGAAAAGGUUUUAUGGUCAAUAUAUUAAAGGUAAACAUAGAUAAAAAUUAACUAACGUAACAUUACUAUGUAUUUUUUAGUAAAACUAAAUGUAAUCAUGUAAACUUCAGACUAAAAAACAUACUAACUAUCAGUUCAUAAAUCUGUGUGCCAUAUCUGGAAGAGAUUUGUCCUAACAUACCACGAGGAAGUUUGCAAGGUAUUAUCAUCAUCUCCAAUUGCUGUAGUUCCAACUGGGUUAUUUCUAAUGUUCAUUUUCACAACCACUUAAAAAAAGUGUUUCCUACAAGCUGAUUUGGCAGCAAUUUUUGUUUUCAGAAAAACUGCUGAGUUUGACCCUACAAUAGCCAGAUCCAUCUGUUUAUGUACCCAUCGAUCUUGAUCAGUGAUAAAAUAAGGAUAAGCCCUGCCCCUUUGCGUGAUGUAAUUCCCUAAUUCCUAUUGUCUUAAACCAGCACUCUUUUGCAUUUGGCUGCUCCCUUAACUCCAUCCUUUCUGACUCUUGAUCUCACCUCUAGCCCCUCUCCUAGCUCUUCUCUGUCUGAGCCUGCCCUCCACACACUUCUGGCAUCUAUCCCCAUCCCCAUGACCCAAAAUGUCCCAUGGCCUCCCUGCCUAAGCUCUUAGCCAAUAUGAAUUACAUGCCUGUAUGGCCAAGAACCUUUGCUGAUCAUUAGUGCUACCCUAGAAACAAAGAACAAAGUGAAAAAUCAUGAGAAAAGCUCAAAAUGUAAAUAUAAGGAGAUAGGUUUCAGAAUAGUAGCCAUGUUAGUCUGUAUCAGCAAAAAGAAUGACGAGUACUUGUGGCACUUUAGAGACUAACAAAUUUAUUUGGGCAUAAGCUUUCGUGGAUUAAAACCCACUUAAUCGGAUGCAUACAGUAGGAA